UGGCGCAAAAUGUACUUGCUCAGCCUGGACAUUACAUCCAGGGCAGUAGAGUGAAAGUUGUUCCUUGUCCUGGAGACUUAGAAGAACCAGAGAUGGAAUCUGAUGCAGAGGAGUGUGACAGUGUGGACCAUCAUGCAAAUGCAUCUUUUCCAAGUGAGAUGUCUUUCCUGGGGAAGAAAUUUGAAGAGGUCAUCACAUCCAGCCUAGUUUCACCUUCAAAGAAGCUCAAAGUUGACUCCAAUGAAGUAUCAUCACAAGGCCAUUCUGCUGGCUCAGCAUCUGGAGGAAAUGUCUGUCGUCCCAGGAUCCCGGCUCAUCCUAUGUUCUCCACACCAAAAGAAUCACCUCUGAACAGAAAGAUGGAAGAGGAAAGGGCGACCCCAAGCUCAUCAUCUCUUCUGCCAUCAAAGUCAUCAUUACAGAUGGAAGUGGUAUCGACUGAUGUGGCAUCAGCAGGCCCAAAGUGGCCUGAAGCACCAUCGGCCUCAACAAGUAAAGAGGACACAAACUACACAGAUAAUGUAAUGACAGAUGGGGCAGCACCAGAUGACAUGUUGUUGGAGGACCAUCCUGUCCUUGACAUGGGUGAUGGUAGUGUAAGGCCAAAAGAAACAGGACAGCACAACACCCCUUUUGCAAAGGAGACAACAGAAGAAGGACUAUAUCCUGCUGAAGACGUAGUUCUUCAAGUGUCAGGGUUUUCUCCUGAUCAAAGCCAGACUGUAGAGAUGUACUUUGAGAACUCAAAACGGUCUGGAGGGGGAGAAAUGAAGAGCUUUGAAAUCAGAGAGGACAAAGCCUUCAUUGUCUUCAGUGACCCAGCAGCUAGUGAGCGUGUGCUGGCUAGAGAGCACAAGAUUGGACAGGCUACAUUUCUUGUUAAAGCAGUAAGGUCAAAUAUGGCAGCCAAUGCAAGAGAACGUCCACUUCAUAGUACUUGCCUCCUUGUAAAGGGCAUAAAUGAAAGCACCUCCAGAGAAACCCUUCUGCUGUACAUGGAGGCCAUCAGUGGGGAUACUGUUGUUGACAUUGUCUACAGUUCGCAACCAGGACUGGCCUUGGUUACAAUGGACCGUAUAACUGACUUUGACAGAAUGGUAGCCAAGUCUGCUGUCAAACAACUUGAGGGCAGGAGUCUGACAGUUGAGAGGGUCCCCAUCACUGAUGGCAUCAUAGUGACGGGCCUGCCUGACAACACACCAAAGGACCUCGUGGAGCUGUAUUUCGACAAUGCCAACAGGAGUGGGGGAGGACCAAUUGCUGAUGUCAAGUAUGACCAAACUAGAGGGACAGCCAUCAUACACUUUGAAAGUCCAGACACUGUCAACACAGUCCUCCAACAAGAACACAAACUGAACAACACUGUUAUCACAGUGAAGCCUUACUACGAGUGCCUUGGAGAAACACUGGAAGAUCAUGACCCUGCAGCACUCAAACUCCCUGACCCUGUUGAAGUAGAGGUUAAUGCUGAAGUAAUGAAUUUCAUCUCUUCCACUGAAACCUACAUAAAUGAACUCACAAAAACAAUGGAGGAUAUCUAUGCCACUGUUGACUGGAAUCCAAGUCUUGGAAGAGUUGCUGUUUUGACCCCAACAAUGACCCCUGCACUAAAAGAUGUCCACAAGGUCACCCAGGAUUGGGCACAGAGAAGCAAGAACUUUUUGGAAGAGUAUCUCAGGAAGUUUCAAGCAGUUCAGUUCUCUGUGUCUCCAGACAUAUGGGAGCAUGCCAAAGACGAAGUACAGAAAAUUGUGGAGAACAUUAGCAGAGAAGCUGUCUGGGUUGAUGGAUAUGAAAAGGAGGAAGGAGGCGGAUCUGUACAAAUUAUUGGAACAGUGGAGGCAGUUGCUGAGGCCAGACAUUGUUACAAAGCCAUGGUUGAUAAAGUAGAGGCACACCUGAAAAGAGAGGCAUCCAUCGUGACAGACCAUAUCCGUAACAUCAUGGCUGCGAGGCUCAAGUUGCUUAACAUGCACAACUUUCCCUCCAAACAUUCUGACAUAGAAAUGCAGCUUCAUAUUGACAGGCAGGAAGUGUUCUUCAGGGGUCAGCAGUCUCUGGUCACCAAUGCUAAAAUCAAAGUUUAUGAAUUUUUUAACAGCUUGGUAGAGGAGAGGAUCAACCUGUCUCGUGGGAUACGGGAAUACCUUAUGUCAAACAAGGGAAGGGGAUACGUUGAAAACUCCAUGCAGGAGAAAGGAAUCAUGGCAACUUGCAGCACAGAUAAUGGCGAAGUGAUGGUGCUGGCAGUGGAUCCUCAGGACAUACAAAGUGCAAAACAUAUCUUACAACAGAGCAUAUCUGAAACAAAGAUAACUGUUCCUGAUGAUAGUGAAGACUUGCUGGACACCCGUGGAUGGGCCGAUCACAUUGGACACUUGAAGGAUACGCUAGCAGUUGACAUCCAUGCUAAUACAUCAGGCAGUGUGUGGGUUGUGGGACCUUCAGAAAUUGUCCCCUUAGCACAAGGUGAAGUCAACAGCUACAUAGUAAACAACACCAUUGUCAAGAUUGACAUGAAUGUAGGAGAGGGAUGCAUGAAGUUUCUUCAAGACUAUCAUCGCAGUGCCAUCAGUGGGAUAGAGAGGAAGCUGAUGGACCAUAAAGUAAAGAUAACUCAAACUGGGAAAGGCUUCUUAAUCCAUGGGACCAAAGAGGGAACACAAGCUGCCAAGGCUGAGCUGCAGGACCUAGUGUCAGCUGUACUGAUAGAGACGAUGGCGGUAACUAAGCCAGGAUUGUACAAGUUCUUCACUGGGAACAUUGGAAAAGGGCUCCUGAAGGUCAUAGAGAGAGAAGAGAAGGUGGUGAUCUCAACAGAAGACAUUCCUGCUGGUGCAGCAGCAUCUGGUGUUGGAAGGCCAGUCUCUGCUCCAAAACAACUCUGCUGUGUGACAACCAGACAAGGGAAGAAACUAUUUGUCUGCCAGGGAGACCUGACAGCUCUACAGGUGGACGUCAUCGUUAAUGCAGCCAACAGCAGACUGUCUCAUGUUGGGGGUCUGGCCGCAGCUCUGGUGAAAGCAGGAGGCAAAGAGAUCCAGAGGGACUGUGAGUCCUACAUCAGGACGUCAGGCCAGCUGUCUGAUGGAGACGUCAUGACAACCAAACCUUACCGACUUCCCUGCAAGAUGGUUGUCCAUGCUGUUGGGCCUCAGUGGAAGUCAGGUUUAUCUGAAGAUGAAAAAGGAGGAAAAGAAGCUAAUCUUUACCGGGCAACAUUCAGCUCACUCCAAGAGGCAAAGGACUUCCACAGUAUUGGCAUACCUGCUAUCAGCUCAGGUGUCUAUGGCUUUCCAAUUGACUUAUGUGUCAGUGCAAUCCUGGAAGGAGUGAUGUCAUUCUUCAACAUACAUCCUAACUGCAAGUUAUCAGAAGUGUACUUCACAGAAAUGGAUGCGAAGAAGACUGGAGCCUUCAAGGCUGAAAUGGUCAAGAGGUUUGGUGCAGAUAAUGUAAAAUUGUCAAAUUGGAGUGAGUCCAUCUCCUCCGGAGCUGCUGCUGUGCCUGGUCCAUCUGGUGUUGGCAGGGAGAGAGUUUCUACACAUGGACAACCUGCAUCAUCUAGCACUGGACAUGGGGACUCCAUCAGGACUGCUGAAGGUCUCACUCUACAACUGAAGCAAGGAGGCAUCACUGCUGAGCAGGCUGAUGUUUUGGUAAACACAGUUGGAACUGACCUGGAUCUUGGCCAGGGAGGUGUUGCAAGUGCCUUUUUAAAGGCAGGGGGACCUGAGCUACAACAGUUCUGUAGUGCACAUGGAAAAGCCAAGCCAGGCGAUGUGGUGCCAACACCAUCUGCAGGAGGGCUACUCUGUCAGCAGGUGUACCAUGCUGUCAUCUCCUGGUGGCAGAAUACAGAUACACCUCUACGAACAAUCAUCCAGACCUGCCUGACAAUGGCCCAUAAGAAUGGGCUCCCUUCCAUUGCCUUCCCAGCCCUGGGCACAGGGAACCUGGGUUAUCCCAGGAGCGUUGCAGCCAGCGCCAUGUUUGAUGAAGUUAUCAACUUCAGCCAAGCAAAUCCUAGGACAUCACUGAAGCAUGUCAGCAUUGUGGUAUAUGAUCAGCCAACUGUGCAAGCCUUCCAAGAAGAACUAAGAACAAGACAGGGGUUGCCUGGAACAGCACGGUUGGCAGGGGCUGCGGCAGCUACGGGAAACCCUUCAACAACAGGUUUUUAUUCUGCCGUGACAAGUCCACAACCCAACCAACAACAGAUGACCAUUGGAAAUGUCACCCUUCAAGUCCAGCAGGGUGACAUCACCACAGAGUCAGUGGAUGCCAUCAUUGUACCUACCAACAACAAGCUUCGUCUAGAUGCAGGAGUAGCUCAAGUUGUUUCCAGGAAGGCUGGCGGUAGCCUCCAAGCGGAAUGUCUUGCAGUCGUCCAGCAAUAUGGGGAACUCCAGAAUGGAGCCGUAGCUACGACUGGUGCAGGAAGCCUGCCCUGUAGACAUGUGCUCCACCUGGCUAACCCUCAACCCAACCACCUGAAGGACAACAUAAAACACUGCCUCCAGACUGCAGACCAGAAAAAACUGAAGUCUGUAGCACUGCCUGCCAUUGGGACAGGAGGAAUCAACAUCAGUCCGGACCAGUCAGCUAAAGGCAUGCUGGAUGGCAUUGCAGAGUUUGUACAACAGUCCAACCCACAGAACCUGGCUCUGGUCAGAAUCACCAUCUUCCAGCCACAAAUGCUGCAAACAUUCCACACAGAGAUGGACAACAGGGCAAAGAGCCUAAGUGGCAAGCUGACUGGACUUGGUAGCAGAGUCAUAGAAAAGGUUAAAAAAGUUGCGAGGAAUGUGUUGGGGUUGAAGCCAAGCACCAAGAAAGUAGCAUCUGCACUGGGAUUCGCCUCCUGGGAUGGAACUGCUGACCCAACAUUAUCAUCGCCAUCCAGCGAGUCGUCAGAACGUACAGGGGAUCUCCAGCUUAAUUUUUUUGGUGCCGACCAAAGAAGCAUUGACUCUGCCAAAAGAAAGGUGGAAGGACUGGUGGAGGAAAAGUCCAAGAAUGAAGUGAUUGAGAACGCAGCUGUAGCUCAGCUCACACAGGAGGAAAUCAAGCUGCUUGUGGCAUACGGACGCCAAAGGAAUGUAAAUGUGACUGUUGAACAAGGGGCACGCCAUCGCAUAUGCAUCCAGGGCGCCAGUGACAUGACAUCAGUCAUCUCAAAAGUUUGGGAAGUGUUAAACAUCAAGAUUGAGGAGGGUAGGAAGUUUGAGUCAGCUCUGUUCUUGCAGAAGGAUGUGCAGUGGCAUUAUGAAAAGCCAGAUGGCUCCUAUCAGGAGUUUGAGCCCUUGGUGAAUGCAGAAAUUGAGGAGGCCUUCCAGGCUAAGAGACCAAAGGUUCAGUAUGAAGAAGAGGGAGAGAAAUACGAGAUAGACUUCCAAUCCAAACAGGAGAGAAAUCUGUCAACUGGUGCAAUAACCAAGGUUCGCAGAGAUGACAUGAGAGCUGAUACAGGUGCAGGUAUGCCUGCAGGUUGGGACCCCCAGCCCACUGACCCAAGGACAGGAACCCCCCAGCUGUGUCACCUGGUAACACUGGUCCUGAACUCAGCCGAGUACAACACAGUAACCAGCAAACUUCUGCCUACCACGCUGAACAUCCAGAAGAUUGAGAGGGUGCAGAACCCCACCCUGUGGAAGCAGUACUGUGUGCAGAGGGAGAAAAUCUGUCAGAAGAACCCAACCAGGCAAAAUGAACAAGAACUGUGGCAUGGUUCACUAGCAGAGUCCUGUGUGAAGAUUUCUCACCAUGGUUUCAACAGGAGCUAUGCUGGAAUGAAUGCCACUGCAUUCGGUAAGGGCACCUACUUUGCCAGGGAUCCAUCCUACUCAGUGAGGGGCUAUGCCAGGCCUGAUGCUAAUGGACUGAAGCGACUAUUUUUGGCAAAGGUCAUUACAGGAGAGUACAUCAGAGGGAACUCCAACAUGAUCGUUCCUCCUUCAAGACCAGGAGGAAACCCAUUGGACACUUAUGAUUCAACUGUGGAUAAUGUUAACAAUCCAAGUAUUUUCUGUGUGUAUCAUGAUGCUCAGGCAUACCCAGAAUAUUUGCUAACAUUUAUCUAACUCUGUUAUAAGUCUAUUUUUGCUAUUAGGUCUUAGAUGUCAUUGCCUACAGGUACAGCCUGUACAGGUACAGGUACUGUAGAAGUCUUGUAACCAGAAAAUCUUGCAUAUUAGGGAGUCACCAUGCAUUUUCUUUGAAAUAUAAAGUAUACAUGAAAUAUGCUACCAUUUGGACUAUGUUUCACUCUUACAUAUAUCUAGUCAGUCAGUGUUAGGUGUCAAUUACACAUAUUGGUUAUUAGAUAAAUACAAUAAUUAACAAAGCACUGUAUUCUUUCUUUCUGGCAACAUAAAUGAAUGUCAGAAAAAUGGAACUUGUCAUCCAGUAUAUCAGUAUGUCCAUCUUUUCAGAUGUAAGUCAUGGAACAAUGUAUUUUUGAGGCACAGAAACUUGCCACACCAACCCAUGUAUUGCACCAAACACUGUAAUAUUUCGAUCUGACUGAUACACAUUUUUAUUUUAUGGUGACUGGAUAAUUGUUUGUGUCCAUCUCUUAUUACUAAUGAUUUAAAAUUGG